AUGGCCGAGCCCGUUGCCAAGCACGCCAAGCCGACGCUCGGCCCGGUCACCGCGCAAGUCCUCUUAAGCCCAGCACUCCUGGGCGAAGUCUUCCGCUACGCACCCGGUCUGCGCCUCGCCGACUGGGAAGACGGCGACCGCGCGGUCCAGCGAGGGUACCUUCUCGUCGUCCAGUACGCGCCUCGCCUGGCGUUCCGCGAUACGAAUGCGCUGGAUAUCGCCGCUGCGAAUGGCCACCUUGCGCUCGUUCAGUGGCUCCACGCCAGUCCACUCCAUACGCUCACGGGGUCGCCGGCCGCGAUCGACGGCGCCGCCCUCGGUGGCCACAUGGACGCCAUCGUGUGGCUACAUGCGCACCGCGUCGACGGUUGUAGCGCCGACGCCUUCUCGAACGCUGCCACGAGUGGCCGCCUCGACAUAUUGAACUUUCUUCGCGCGCAGUACCCCGACAUGCUGCUUCCCGCCGUGACGUACCACGAGGCCGCCGAGCAGGGCUACGUGUCGAUUCUGGAGAGCCUUCCGACGACGUUCGCCGCCGACGCCGACGUGCCGCGCUGCCUCAUGGACGCGGCGGCCAAGGGCGGCAACUUGAGUGUGGCUAAAUGGCUGCAUGCGCAUGGGCUCGGCGAGUGCAGCCAUGCGAUGGACUAUGCGGCUGAAGGUGGCCACCUCGAGAUGCUUCAGUGGCUGCAUACCCAUGGGUACGAGAGCUGCUCGACGGACGCGAUGAACUGGGCCGCCAACUGCGGGCAUUUGCACGUUCUCCAGUGGCUCCAUGCGAAUCGGACCGAAGGCUGCACGGAAGACGCGGUCGACUUUGCGGCCGAGAACGGCUUUCUACCCAUUGUGCAAUGGCUGUUGCGGCACCGCGACGAAGGCGCAACGACUGCGGCCAUGGACCUCGCCGCCAAAAACGGACAUUUGGACGUGGUCGAGUGGCUGCACACGCACCACGACGCGGGCGCCACGACCGCGGCCAUGGACGGCGCGGCCAAGCGCGGCAACCUCCCAAUGCUCGAGUGGCUCCAUACGCACCGCAUUGAAGGCGUCUCGACCAAUGCGAUCGAGUUUGCGGCCGAGAAAGGCCAUGUUCAUGUCCUCGACUGGCUGCACACGCACACGAAUGCCGGGUGUACGCCCGACGCCAUGGACACGGCGGCGACCAACAACCAGCUUGAGGCGCUGGUCUGGCUGCACACGCACCGCACCGAAGGAUGCACGAUUGAUGCGAUGGCGUAUGCGGCCGAACAAGGCCACUUGCGCAUCGUGCAGUGGCUUCACGAGCACCGAAGUGAGGGCUGCACGACGGACGCAAUGGACUGGGCAGCGCGUCACAACCAUAUCGACGUCGUGAACUGGCUCCACACGCACCGGUCCGAAGGCUGCUCGCCGGACGUUGUCGAUGUGAUCAUUCGCGCCGGCCACCUCCGCCUCCUCCAGUGGUGGUACGAGCAUCGGCCCGAGCGAUGCACGACGAACGCCCUCGCGCUCGCCUGCGAGUACGGCCAUGUGCCUCUCGUGGCUUGGCUCACAGACCAAGGGGAGCGAACCACCAAGAAGGCGAUGAACCGUGCGGCCGAAGCCGGGAACCUGCAUGUGCUGCGGUGGCUCCACGAGCAUCGAAGCGAAGGCUGUAGCAUCGAGGCGGUCGAGGCCGCGCUCCUCGAAGAACACCCGCACGUCUUCAAAUGGCUUUGCGAGCAUCGGCAUGAGCUGCCAUUGCGCAAGUGUGUACGCCUCGCCAAGCAGCACGGUCCGUUGCACCUCGUGCGCUGGGUACAGGCGCUCGUGCAACGCCGGGCAGCCGACGAGAAGCCCAAGCCCUAAGGCAAGAAACGAUCGAUCGACUCUAUACGAGAAGGACUUGAAAGUGCUUGGUCGGCGAUCGCAGAUAGAUAUUGUGUUGUCGACGUUGGACAGCACAAACUGAAACUCAAACCUCCACCC